ACGUCUGUCCGCGCAGGCCACGGGGUGCCGAGACUUUCCCAGUCCCCUUGGGAGAGUUUCCGAUCGCUCGGAAAAGCUGUUUUGCUCAUCACAAAGCCUUUGGUCUUCUCUUCCAGAUGAGCGGGUGGAUCAGCGAACCUGCCUGAUCUGCGGGGACAGAGCUACGGGGCUGCACUAUGGGAUCAUCUCCUGCGAGGGCUGCAAGGGGUUCUUCAAAAGGAGCAUCUGCAACAAGCGGGUUUACAGAUGCAGUCGAGACAAGAACUGCGUCAUGUCACGCAAACAGCGCAACAGAUGCCAGUACUGCCGGCUGCUCAAAUGCCUCCAGAUGGGGAUGAACCGAAAAGCAAUCAGAGAGGAUGGCAUGCCAGGAGGCAGAAACAAAAGCAUCGGACCUGUCCAGAUAUCGGAGGAAGAGAUUGAGAGAAUUAUGUCUGGGCAAGAAUUUGAGGGAGAGGCAAACAUGUCAUGGAGCAACAACGGAGACAGUGACCAUAGUUCCCCUGGAAAUGGAGUUUCUGAGAGCAACCAGCCUUCACCCGUUUCUACUCCGUCUUCAAGGUCCGUGGAGCUGAACGGAUUCGCUGCACUCAGGGAUCAGUAUAUCGGGACGCCGGUGUCCACGCACUAUCAGUACCUCCCGCACCUUUUUAGCUAUUCUGCUCACUCGGCUCUGAUGCCCCCCCAGACGCGCAGCCUGGACCCCCAGUCGCACAGUCUGAUCAAUCAGUUGGUGUCAGCGGAGGACCUGGAGCCACUCAGCACGCCAAUGCUCAUUGAGGACGGGUACAAAGUGACUCAGGCAGAGCUGUUUGCGUUGUUGUGUCGUCUGGCGGAUGAAUUGCUUUUCAGGCAGAUUGCUUGGAUCAAGAAGUUGCCGUUCUUCUGCGAACUCUCCAUCAAGGACUAUACCUGCCUGCUCAGCUCUACGUGGCAGGAGCUGAUCCUGCUCUCCUCGCUGACUGUUUACAGCAAGCAGAUCUUUGGUGACCUUGCGGACGUCACCUCCAAGUAUUCUCCCUCUGAUGAUGAGCUGCACAGAUUCAGUGAAGAGGGGAUGGAGGUGAUGGAGCGGUUGAUCUACCUCUUUCGCAAAUUCAACCAGCUGAAGGUCAGCAACGAGGAGUACGCGUGUAUGAAAGCCAUUAACUUCCUAAAUCAAGACAUCAGGGGUCUGACCAACGCGUCCCAACUGGAGCAGCUCAAUAAGCGGUAUUGGUAUGUUUGCCAGGAUUUCACGGAGUACAAAUACCCACACCAGCCAAACCGUUUUCCGGAUUUAAUGAUGUGUUUGCCAGAGAUACGAUAUAUUGCAGGAAAAAUGGUGAAUGUCCCCCUGGGGCAGCUGCCCCUCCUUUUUAAGGCCGUUUUGAAAAAGAGCGUGAGCAAAGAGUGAGCCCAGCUCGCCCCGGCCGGUGCCUUACGCUGUGCCUCAGGCAGGGAGCUGGCUCACCUCGGGAGAGGGGCAAACGCGAUCCAGGCAGGAGACGGGGAAGCGGGCGUCCCUGCCAUUGUAGCAAGAAUCUUUUUUGUUUGUUUUUUGUUUUUUUACUCUUUUUCCUAUAUAUUUAUUUCACGACAGAGUUGAAUGUAUGAUCUUCAACACGAUGCACAUGGUUCUGUAUGAAUGCAGCAGAUGCAUUCUCCAGCGGUUUACAGAAUGUGAAGAUGUUUAAUGUUACAGUGUUUGUUAGGGUUAGUUCUUUUGUAUUUUGGGGGCUGGGGACCGAGAUGACUAAGACUACCUCAAGGAGAAGAUGCUGUUCGCGCGCUGCUCUUUCCGUGAUUUGUAUCCAAAAGCGUUUGUCCUAGAGAGCAAACGGCCUCACCAUAUUGACAGAGCUGUUAGUAUCCCAAAUGGACGAUUUUGGAGAAGUGGGUGUUAGAGAAGUGCCAAGCUUUUCUUUUCUUUAAAUAUAGUAAUCAUUGUAAAAAGGCAGGGAGUGGAGAAGAAGGAAGAGUCUGUCUAGCCAGUUGGUUUCUUUUCCCCUGGCCAUUUUCAGAUGCAGGUGGUAGCUCCUGCCGUUUCCUUGAAUCCCGCCCCAGCGGGAUCCCUCCGAGCUGCGAGGGGCUCGCUGUCCCCGUCCCCUCCGGGGAGCUGCAGGAGUGGGCUCUGCCCCCAGCCUGACCAUCAGGCCUCUCGCUGUGGCUGCACACCUUUCCAUCCGACUGAAACUGGGUUGCUGCAGUUCGUAGCAGGCUCCUGGCAUUAUACAAAGGUACUCUCGUUGCUAGAGAACUGCGCGUAAUUUCUCAUCGCUUCCUUAACAUCCAUUUUAGGUUCACAAAAGCAGGAAAAACCUACUUAGAGAGGAGGCAGGAUUGCCCCUUUCAGUGUGUGCCUCCAGGGUGGUAUCUGACUACCGAGGAGGCUUCUGCAUUGCAGCAGUCCCAAGCAGCCCGAUUCUGGGAACAGUUAACAUACCCUGUGGUUAAAUGGGACCUCUGUAAUGGGGUAGGGGACUCCAGUGUCCUCUGGCAUGGCUUUCUCUGCUGGAUUCGGGGAAUGCAUGAUCCAUUGUCGUAUCCUGCCAGGACUGUUAUGCUGCUUGUGGUACCCCUUCUUACCAGGAAAAAAUGGUAUUAAUGCAGUACUUGGUAAAUUGUUCUGUCCUAGGUGUUGCAAGGCUUGGAUUUUCCAUCUCACAACCUCCACACCACUCCACUGCACGGACAACUGGUUUAAUCAUAGAAUCAUUUGGUUGGAAAAGACCUUUAAGAUCAUCGAGUCCAACCGAAAUGACAACUGGUUGGCUCUUUGAGUAUUUGCUAAGUGCCGGUGUUUAUCUAAAUGUGGGUAUUCUCAUGAGUAACCUCAUGGCUUCUGGCCUGGGGCGGUGGUGGGGAGGUUGGAUGAGAUGCUCUUGUUCCCAUCUCCUUCAUUUAGAAUUAACACUCAAAGACUCAGUCAUUCUCCUAGGCAGCCAUGUCGCCCUGGCUGGAUUUCCUUCCCUGCAUCCCUAGAUAUGAAUCUGACGUUUGUGUAGCAAGCGGGUUCAUCAACAAAUGUUGGAAUGCUGUUUUAAAAAUAUUUUGGGAGACAACUUCUGUUCCUUCAGGGUAGGAGGGACCAGUUGCUACCUUUCUGUCUUGUCCUGGUGACAGCGGCGUGGCACAAAGUGAGUACUACUGGGUGCUGAAGCUGCUGUGAGGUGAAUGUGAUGGUGAACAGGAGAAGCAUCUCAUUCACCCAAGCUGUCUUUCCUUGCCCUUCGCCCCGCGGGUGCUCCCUCGCUUGCAGCCCAGGGGACACUGUGACCCGCUUGCCUUGGCAUGUCUCUCGGUUCGUCAGCAGCUCCGCGCGUCCCGGGCGCUGACCGCUGCUCGGAGACCCGCUGCUGGCUGACCGCCGGCCCACGCCGGCAUCGCCUUCUCUGCAGUCCCGCUUGGGCAUCUUCCAGCUUGAUGGCUUCCCUUUUCUGAAAGCCGGCUAGCUGCUCAUUUUUCAUUAUUUAAAUAGGAUGUUACGGGUAGCAGCUGCUGGGCCCAGCAGCAGGUCAGCUUGAUAGAGCUUCACAGUCCAAAGGCGGUUCCGUAAAUCUCAUUUCCCUUCUGACUGUAAAAUGAGACAAGCGCGUAUUUCUCAGGAAAGCCUUCUGCAUACAGCCUAUACCUCAAGUGUAAAUGGGAAGAUGUUAGUGUAUCUGUCUGUAAGUUAGGAAGUAUUUCUCAGCUUUUAAGUUUAAUUUCCAGAUAGCUUGAUACGAUCUUUUUAUUACGGGUUAUCUUCUGGCUUGCUGUUUUAUACACUCAAGGAAUUGUUAAAAUUGCAUAGGAGUAAUUUUAUUCUACAGUUACUGAAUUACUAUAAUCUGUGGAUGAAUAAGAGUUUUGUUUUAAUUAGUGUACAUAAAAGUGGUCAUCUUAUUGCCAAAUACCCCACAAAAGUAAUCUACUAGGUAUUCUGUGUUUAUCCAAAAUAGACUCCCAAGACCAAUGCUGUACCAACAGCAGCAGAAAACUUAAAUUAACAGAAAAAAACCAUAAAUAUCAGCAAAAAACCUAAAUUCACUUAUGAUGACGAAUGGACAAGAAUGUGCUCCUUUCUAUUGUAUAAAGCAAAUGUUGCAAAGGUUGAUUGGCGGCCGUAUCCAUUACCAAAUGACCCAUUUGCUGUAGGGAGUAGAAAAGCCUUACUACACCGACAAGUAAGGACGACGCCGAUGUACCGAACCAGAAUCCAGCUCACUGGACAGUCAUUCUUAACACCUUCUGCACCAAGUCCUCUAACGACUUGUGUUUUUUAAACAGGGUAAAGUGAAUGUGUUGCAUUGCGAACUCAGGUAUUAUGAGAAGGUAGGAACGUAGCUAGAGAUGUAGAGACGCUAGGUCAGUCACUAGAUGUAUUUGUGAAUUUGGUUUGAAGGACACCCUGGAAAGGUUGGAAUUUUUGUUCCAUUCUUCACGUAACAUUCGGUUUACAGGGACUCAUAUUUUAUUUGUGCUUAAUGCUAGUAGGGGGAAGUUCAUUAUCUUUGGUAUCUAUCUGCUCUUGCUUAUCUGACCUUCUGUCAUAGAGAAAUCAAUCAACAAUAAUAGUCUUUGGUAGAAUUUUCUGCCAUGACAAGUCAAUUUUUAUCCCCUAUUUGAAAGAUAAAUUGGCUGACUGACCCCCUCCUCUCCUUCAUAGCAUUUGUGCAGAUGGAAAGCUGAAGAGUUACUUUUAAUCCGAACAGAGAUUUGGGACAUAAAUUUGAAGUGCUCGGGCUCACGUAUUCAGAGGGACUCUGCCUGGGUAUCCUCGUUGCUGUUUUACAGCUUGAAGCUCGUCACCCGGUGCAGAGAACUGAGCAGAAAUCGCUGCCAGCUGAUGGGGCUGAGUCCCAGCUCGAGUGGCAACACCCCAAGACCUGAACAAUUGGGUUUUAUUCUGCUGCCUGCCUUUGGGCCAGGCUCCUGUCCCGAGAGCUGAGCCUUGACCCCACUGUGUGUGUCGGUAGCGAGCCCUUGGCCUCGGCGCGCCCGGCCCCUCGAGAGGGCUGGGGGACGGAGGGACGACCGGGGCGCUCAGAGAUGCCAGGUACCGGUCUGAACCGAUGGGCUCUGGGCAUGGCAAAAUUGAGGCGGCAGGAGCUAACUCACUCUCCAGCCGCUUUGCAUACGCGUUAGCUGCCUUCUAAUUGUUAUUAAUGCCGGGGCGUUCGCCUUUCUCCUCUCACGCCUGCCAGCCCACGGAGCUGUGCGGAGGCGCUGCUUGCCUUGGGGCAUCGGGGUGCAGCUCUGGAUUUUUCUGUAGUUCUUCAGUCCUGAGCUUUUGCCGUCUCCCGUCACGCAAAGACCAAAGGGAGGACGUGGUGUUCUCGGGGUGAU